UUGAAACGGGUUUUGUUAAGAAGCAGUGCAUGCUACACAUAUGGCUGAUCCUGAGAUGAUUGAGAUUUCUGUUGAAGCGGAUGAUGACCAAAGUACUACUGAUGGAAGUAAAGAUUUUCGAUCUAAAAGCUCUUCUCCGAAAGCAUCAUGUUUGUUCUUUGACUUGAAUGAGGAUGCAACUAGUGAUGAUCAUGGGGACGUUUCAAAAAAUAUAGGUGAAGCUAGGGAAAGCAAAACAUCUACAGAAGGGAAAGAACAGACGGCAACCAGCAGCGGUGCAGUCAGGCAAUAUGUUAGAUCAAAAAUGCCAAGGCUUCGUUGGACUUCUGAUCUCCAUCUAGCAUUCAUUCAUGCCGUUGAGAGGAUCGGAGGACAAGAAAGAGCAACUCCAAAAUUAGUACUUCAGUUGAUGAAUGUGAGAGGACUCAGCAUUGCUCACGUCAAGAGUCAUUUGCAGAUGUAUCGAAGCAAGAAGCUCGAUGAGUCCGGCCAAGUGUUACCUCAGUUCAAUAGAUCGAGGGGAAUGUUGUUGCAAGGAAGAGAGCACAUUGUGGAAGCCUAUCAACAGUACAAUCCUUUCAGGCACUUCAGACUUGAUGACAGAGGAAGCCAUUUUCCUUCUCCACCAUUAAAACAUCAGCCAUAUGAUAAUUUGAAUGCCAACUCUUCAAGGUUGAUUUCACAGUGGAGCAAUUCUGGGAUGGAGAACCAUCGGAGCAUCAAUACAAUUACAAGCUCACAUAUGUUUAGUGUAAAGGAAGUCAUGACAAGAGUUAAUGGACCUAUUAGAUCCAGCCGGUUUCUUGAAGAGAAGAGAUGGCCUCCUCGUGAGAUGAUAGGAAAUCACAUUAGAGGCAGGAGACAUUCUCUAAAUAUUUCUUGGGGUAAUACCAUCAAUGUCGCACAACCUAAUUUAGUAGGGAGUCCCCAGGCAAGCUCCAACCGACAUCUACCCAAUCAUACUACAUGUUCUCCAAAGUUCAUCUCCAGCAGCUACAAACCCGUAUCUGAUCCGCACGAGGUUCGGAAACCUGAUGAUAGCAUAAAUGGCGAAACAUUUGGAGCAGAAGUUGGUGAGAAUAUGCAAACUUUGAAACAAAAGAAAUGGUUACCUUUGAAUUUACAGUUGGGCCUUCGGCAAGAAUUCAGUAUCUGCAGUGACGAGAUGAAGGAUGGUGAACAAGAAAGCACGAGAGACAUUGAAACAACGCUUUCUCUAUCUUUAUCCUCGUCUUCACCAAGGCAACAAGAUCAAUCCAGUACACCCACAUCAAGAGUUCGACACUUGUCAUUUCCUCUCUCUCCUGGCCUUAAACCUACUUAAAGAUAAUAGAAAACAAAAUUAAUGAUAUUACCUAAAUUGUAACUUGGGAUUAAUUAAUUACAAAAAAUUGCAGUUAAACGAUGCACGUGAUGGAGCAAGUACUUGUUAGGAUCUAACCAUAUAUGAAUAUGCUAAUAGAGCAUAGUAGUAGUGAGAUCUUUUAAAGUACUUGUUCAAAAUCUCAUGUG